AUGGAGUGGUACGUUUUUGUCAUGCUCCUGAUGAAUCAAGAGAGGUUUUUCUUCGCGCUUAUGCUUCUACUGCACACGAGAUAUGCUGCCACGGUGAUGGUCGCGCUUCAGCAUCACACUGAAGCUCAGCUUCGUAUAAUCAUGUGCGAAGAGGAGCAGCUAUUGGCAACACCUGGGUGGACAGUUGCGGAGUGGGCGCUAAUGCACGGCUUGCAGGCUACAGGUCACACAGAGCGUCGGAUAUGGAUGCGUCAAAGGUCCGACUCCUGGUGGGAGAACAUGGUAUUGAAUGGCGACCCUUCGGACUGGACAGAGAACUUCAGGAUGUCACGCAGGACAUUUGUAAAGCUAGUGUCACUUGUGCGGCCACACAUGUCCCCAGCAGAUAACUGUGUCCGAACACCAGUACCUGUAGACAAACGAGUAGCAAUUGCUGUAUACAAGAUCGCAAGUUGUGGGGAAUCACGGUGCCCUGCUUCUCUCUUUGGAGUGCACAAAUCAACAGUCCACAACUGCCUCUAUCGGUUCUGUAAUACGAUGACAAAACAUUUCCUAAGCCAGUUGAUCACUAUGCCAAAAUGUGAUGAAGCAAAACUCAUAGCGCAACGUUUCUUGGAAAAGUGUGGAAUACCUCAGGUUAUAGGCAGCAUUGACGGCACACAUAUUCCUAUUCUCCCACCAUCUGCCGGAUACAGGGAUUAUGUGAAUCGAAAGGGAUGGACAUCGAUAGUACUACAAGCUGUUGUAGAUGACGCAAUGCGAUUUCGCAACAUCAGCUGCAUCCUGCCUGGUUCCUCUCAUGACGCUUCAGCACUUAAGGCUUCAAAGUUGUACAACAAUGCCCAUGAACUGAUACCUCAGGGCAAUAUUGUGAUUAAUGGGACGCCGGUACCUUUUCUAAUACUUGGAGACCCUGCGUAUCCUCUGCUGCCAUGGCUUAUAAAACCAUUCAUACAUAACAGUAGAAUUACACAAGAGCAGGUUUACUUCAAUGAAUGCCUCAGCUCCGGGAGGGUUGUCGUCGAACAUGCAUUUGGUCGGCUCAAGAGCCGCUGGCGCAUCCUCCUCAAACGCACUGAUGUGUGCUACAAGUUUGUCCCAACUCUUGUUGCUACAGCGUGCAUGUUGCACAACUUCUGUGAGGAAAACAACGAAAGAAUUAACCCAAGGUGGGCAACAGAUAACACUUCUCAACAAAUGUUCCCACAACCAACGAGGCAAGCUCAAGUGGGUUCCAGGGAUGAAUGUAUCCGGAACGUAUUAUGUUCAUACGUUGCUGCAAGGCGUGCACACUGA